CUGUCGCAAGGGGGGAGCACCGUACGGCAAAUGCUUUAGGUCGAUCCGCAGCUGCUCCGGCUUCUGCCGUAAAGGCGAUCGGUCGGUCGGUCCUUGUCUGAAGGCUGCGAAGAUGUCGCUGCUGGGGAUGCUCUGUGGAAUUGCCCGCGCGUGGAGCCUUGGCGGUUGCCCUCGGGUCGGGAGGGUCCUGGCAUCUUCCAGCAUUCCUCUUCUAUCAAAUACAUGCAGGUCUUUCGGGUACAGUACAAGGUGGGAAAAAAAGAACAACAUCACCUAUCCUCCACAAGGGCCAGAUGAACCUCGAAGACCAGCAGAAAUAUACCACAGUCGAAGAGAUAUCAAAUAUAACAAGGACAAGAUGUGGUACCUGGCCAAAUUGAUACGGGGAAUGGGCAUUGAUGAGGCAUUGGCACAGAUGGAAUUCAAUGAUAAAAAGGGAGCAAAAAUAAUCAAAGAGGUUCUUCUGGAAGCCCAGGAACUAGCAGUGACAAAAUAUAAUGUAGAAUUUAAAUCCAAUUUAUACAUUGCUGAAUCAUUUUCUGGAAAAGGACACUAUAUAAAAAGAAUCCGCUACCAUGGCAAAGGCUGUUUUGGGAUUAUGGACAAAGCCAAAUGUCAUUACUUUGUGAGGUUAGUUGAAGGACCACCUCCACCUCCAGCACCUGUAAAGACUGGAUUCAAUCAAGCUAAGGAGUAUGUAGAAGAACUUCGUAAACGAACCAUAAUCAAUACACUAUGACAGCUUUCAUAGCAUAGUAUAUCUGUUUUUCCUUUUUGAUAAAAACUUAAAUAAAGUACAUUUUAUAAAUAAGUUUUCAAUUUCCUGUUUCUGAAAACAGUCAUUCAUUAUACAUUGGUAUUUAAGAAAGGUACUUUUGCUAAUGGAGAACUGUUAGAAUUGCCCUGGUGGUCAGAAAACAAAAUAUUUUUUUUGUACUGGAUAGUGGAAGGCAGUAUGCCCAAUACUUCUAAUACAGGCAGAACAUUGUCCUGAUCUGAUAAGUACCUGCAUUGGAAACUACUUGGGAAUCUUGUGGAAAAUUGAAUUUCAUCAGAGAAGAAAGAUUGGAUGUAAAUAAAACAAUUCCCAAUGUCGAACAAACAAAACUCUAAGAGAAAAUGUAUUUAAUACAUAUCAUUAAAAUAUGAAAAAUACAUUUGUUGGUUAUCUGCCUCCAGAAGCGGUGAAUGCUCCAACACUGGAAGUUUUCAAGAGGAAACCGGACAGCCAUUUGUCCGAAGUGGUAUAGGGUUUCCUGCCUGAGCAGGAGGUUGGACUAGAUGACCUCCAAGGUCCCUUCCAACUUUAUCAUUAUUAUUAUUAUUAGUUUCAUGACUGUUCAUUUUCUGAUUCUUCAUAGAGGAAUAUGUAUUUCUGAACAGCAAAUGAAUGAUGCAAUGAAAUUUCAGUGCAAUAAAACAUGAUUACAGAUGG